AUGAAACUCCCAUUUUAUUUGAAAUUCCCUCGCUGCACACCUCAUUCUGGGAUGUCAGCCACCGAUCCUGCCCAUGCAGGGGCGAACCAACCACAAUUUGAACCUUUGGAAAUUACCCCUGGUCAGGCUCAGGUCCACUUACCAGACGGCCAUCGCCUGCUCCAUGAAAUUGGUCGAUAUCCCAAGAUCGUCGUCUACGCAUUUUCGCUGGCUCUGAACUUCCUCCUCACCGGCUAUGACACCGUCAUCCUCGGCACAAUCACCGCAGUCCCUUAUUUCAAGCGCGAGUUCGGCGAAUCCUACAACGACGCAUACAUCAUACCCGCGGCAUGGCUAUCAGUCUGGAGCGCAAUUGCACCAAUUGGGUCCAUGCUCGGCGCAGGUACGGCCGGUUGGCUUCAAGAUCGGAUCGGUCGUCGCUGGUCACUUGCCCUGAGCAGUGCAAUCUGUGCGGUCGGAAUCGCAAUUGCAUUCUGCUCCAACCUGCCGGGUAAGAUGGGCUCGAGACGUGGCGCGUUUCUGGUCGGGCGACUUGUUCAAGGCUGGGGGGUGGGGGGUGCAAUGGCUGGUGCCCAGACGUAUCUUUCUGAGACGGUUCCUACCAGCUUGAGAGGAUCGGCGAUGGCACUCUCCCCGACUUUUAUGCUGCUUGGUGAGCUUAUUGGUGCGGUUGUUAUCUUUUCUUGUGAGAAAAAGGACUCUGCUGCUGCAUAUCUCAUUCCUUUUGGCACACAGUGGAUUUUCACUGCUCUGCCUUUUGCGCUUGCGAUUAUGCUCCCCGAAAGUCCGUCGUAUCUCCUUCGGAAGAAUGAAUAUGAAAAGGCGCAUUCAGCAAUGAAGACUUUGCACAGCAAGAAAUUAGAUGCGGCCCCACUGCUCGAUCAGAUGCGUGUGUCCAUUGCGCAUGAGCAGCAGCUCUCUCAAGAGAUUUCCUAUUUUGAUUGUUUCAGGGGAAAUAAUAGACGGCGCACAGCAAUUGUGGCGUUCGCGUUCGUGGUGCCGAGUUUAUUCGGAGUGCCAUUGCUAGCGAGUGCGAGUUAUUUCAUGCAAGUUGUCGGGAUGGUGUCGAGCUUGAGCAUCAUCGUCCUGAUUUUGGGGAUUUUCUUAGGUCUGCUUGCCAACGGUGUUGGUAUCUGGUUCAUGAGCCUUAUCGGAAGACGUCGUCUUAUGCUCAUUACCCUGGGCCUUUCUACGAUUAUCUGGCUGAGUAUGGGUAUUUCCGGUUGCUGGUCCGGCAAUAUUGUGAUCUGGUAUACCGCAGCUUGCAUGAUGGCAGUCGUAGUCGUGUGCGGAAUGGGUGCAUGGCCAGCGUCCUAUUCAGUCGCCGGAGAAGCUUCCUCGCUGCGCCUUCGUGCCAAGACUCAAGGCAUUGGAGUUUUCGGCUAUAUGCUGUCGAACGUGGUUUUCAAUCUUGUUUUGCCGUAUAUUUACAACACAGAUGCCGGUGAUUUGAAAGGAAAGACCGGGUUCGUCUAUGCUGGCUUGUGUCUCCUAACCUUCGUGAUUACAUGGCUCAUUGUUCCGGAGAUGAAAGACCGCACUGCUUUGGAGAUAGACGCGAUGUUCGAGGCUAGGUUACCCUGCCAGCAAUUCAAGAGCUGGACUAGCGAGGAUAAUAUCAUUCAUAAACUAGGGGCAGUUUGA